CGAAGCGAUGCACUUUUAACAAAAUCACCAGAUUAUUCGUGGUUAUUGUUAAAUUACACGUGAAUCCAAUACGCAAAGGCCCCGUAUUAUUGUCAUACUAAUAUUAGUAUAUUCGUCAAUAAUCCUUUAGCCAGCUGCUUUAGUUAACGUUAGCUAGCUAGCUAGCUAACGUUUGACGUUAACCGGACAUCUUUUGUGUCGCGUUAGCUUUACACUGGCUAGCUUGACAGUAGCUAUCUUGCCGAUAGGGAAGUUUAUCAUUACGUUUCGGGACCAAAUCCUAACUUCUUUGACUUGGGGGCAGCUGGAGAAGUUGAAGCACAGCAGAGACUACAAAGCAGCUGUAUACCUAUUGACACUGUGUGGGGACGAUGUCUUCGCUACAUACAUACUACAACCACGACAGUGUUACUCGCUUCAAGAAAAGAAAAGCACGUUUCUCUUUCAGUGAAGUCCACAUACUGUUGGAUGAAGUAAGGAAGCAUCGUAUGGUUAUUGUGGGCAAAUUCAAUCGUGGUGUGGCAACAGACAUAAAGAAACGCACAUGGGCAGAGAUUACUGCACGUGUCAAUGAGAUCGGGGAGUGCCAACGUGAGGUCAUCGAAGUCAUCAAGAAGUGGUCAGAUUUAAAGUGUGACACCAAGCGGAAGGUGGCUGCCAUGCGGUCAGGGACAGUGCCCAACAGAGGGCUCAACUCUCGUCUCUCCCGAGACCUUAAUCAGACUGAGAAAAUAGUGCUCCAGAUUCUGGAGAUGGGCGACGAAGACCAGAGCACGGGGGACUUUGGCCAACUGGGAGAUGACGAUGAUGUGCCCGAGGAGGAAGAAGAAAUGGAAGAGGAGGAUAUGAUUGGAAUGCAGAGUUCUCCUAAUGGGUUGUUGGACAUGGGGUCUAUGCCCCCACCAACCUCUUACAACAUGAGGGACUCUUCACAAACUGUCUUUGAUGUGCAGUAUGAAAUACCUGCAACGGAAGAUGCUGAAGCUGCAUUCGGAGACUCGGACGAUGACCAAAGAGACGACAUGGCUCCUGCCACUCCAACCGCAAAGCCAACAGAGGAUCACCAAGGAAACAACGGCAUCCAGAAACAAGGACAACCUCAGACGUCCUCCGGACCGCCAACAGCCACGCUUCCGCUGCCAGGUCAGCCCUCGCAGAACACGAGGGACAGCAUGCUACAUAACGCAUCGCUGAGCCUUCAAGAACAGCACGCCACCAACAUCCUGUUGGAGACGGUUUCCCGCUCCCUGGAGCUUCUGUCUGAGUCGGUGCAGCAGCUGGCAGAGACCCAGCAGGAGUUUGUACGCGAGUCGCUGCAGCUCCAGCGGGAGACGGUACAAGUUCUCAGAGACUUCACAGGCGGAGCCAUUGCGCUUAUGCAUGACAAACUGAACGGACGGCCAGCAUUAUAGCAACACAGUGUGAGUGUCACACAGAGAUGUUGUUAAGUUGUGUCACUGACAUGCAUACAUACUGUACAUGGCCUUCCGGUGCUGGAACCUUUAAGUUCCUUUUGGACUCCACCGCAGGUUACUGUACUUUUUGAUAGUACUCCACAGAUUUUCUGUUAUAUUUUAAACCUGUAUUGUAGAAAAGUUGUAUACAUGGAAUUGCUGUCUGUGAGGUUACAUGACAAAUGGAUGGAGAAAAUAACCAAUGUUUGCCACAAAGAAAGAACAUUUGGAGUUUGGUUUUGUUUUUUUUGCUACUGAAAGUGAGACUCCUAUCACUUACGUUGUAAAGCCUUUUUUAUUAAGCAUACACCACAUUUAAAGCCUUUACGUUCUUUUAAUGUUGACAUGCAAAGAACCAGUCUUUGAUUUUGAAAAGUCAGUCCAAUCCGUUUGUGUGUCCUUGUAUAAGUUGUAGUUGCAUCAGUGUCUGGAGAUUAUCACAUGUACUGUAAUAAUAAUGAGUGGAUUUCCACACCUGACCAUUAUAUGGUCUAUAUGUCUGGAAGCUAAACAAGGUGUGUGAGAUUUUUUUGAAAAUACCCGUAAUUCAAUAAGUUAUGAUUGCCUGAUUUUGUUUUUUUUACAUUGCAAACAUGAACACUUGAAUAUAAGUUUCAUUAAUUUCUCUUAAAUAUGAAAUAAACCGUUCAUGUAUGUAACAGAAGUCCUAGCUGUGUCCUAGCUGUGAGCCUGCAAACAGCCUGGGCAUCAGAAGGUGUAAAUCCAUCUGGAUUCUGGGGCUGCACGUUCCCUUCCCGUGCUUUAUUGGCUUAUAGCCUGUAUCUUGAUGUAUUGAUAAACUGAUCUGCGUUCACUGAAGAUAGUACAUUUCAAAUCAUCAUUAAAGGGGCAGUACUCGAAUAUUGAGGGGAAAAAAAGAGGGCUGGGAGCCUCCACACGGCUCUCGCAGACCUAACUCAUUGACAACCCUUUGUAGUGGCCUUCGGCGUCUGACACCAACGCACAAGGCAGGCACUCACAUGCAAGCACAGCCGGACCGGCUAUCACUGCCAACAAAUCCCAUGAAAAGACCAAAACUAACAAUGAAUUGAUCUUAAUGAGUAUUUUCUGUGUAUCCCAAUCCUGAUAUAUUUUAUUCCUAUGUGCCAUAGAGUUCCAUUAUUGCCCAAAAACACUUUAUCCGUGUUCUUUAUUUGAAUCGACACCCCUACCACACCCUGCUGCCGUAAAUACUCAAAGCACCAAAUGUGUAGCAAGAAAAUAGUCC